CGAACACAGAGCCACUCCGACUAAGAACCAAAACGAACCAAAACUCUACUCGACUUCAGACAACGGUUGACUGUUGCUCAGCCAGUUUAUCUCGACAAGUUGAAUAUCAAAUUUUAAUUUAAAACCUCUUCCGUAUACAACCAAAUACAAGCCAAAACUUGAACGCACACUCAACUCAAAGCGACAGUCUUCACCAGAUCCAGAGCUAGCUCCUUCUUUGUUGUUUCUAAAUUAAUACAUUGCAUCGUACUAGAAGUUUACGCAAAAAAAAGGCGACAAUGGCGGAUGUCUGGACGGAAAUGUUCGGAGCAAAGCUCCAAGGAAAGGAUGGCGCCAUGGUGGAGAGCUCGACGCUGAAGAACUCCAAAGCGGUAAAGACAGACCGAGUUCAUUUUGAUGUUACGCUGCCACACAAAGAAACAAAUGAGACAAACCCAGCAGUUGUCUACAGUUUAUGUCAUGUUGCACUCCGUGGUGCUCAUCAUGUAGGCGCGAGCUCAGCGAAAUGUACAACUUCUCUCUCCUCAAAUGAGUACUCCAAUCUUGUCAGGUCGGGAUCUACUUCAGUGCCCAUUGGUGUCCCCCGUGUCGCGGUUUCACACCAAAGCUAGCGGAGUGGUAUUCUGCGAGUUUGAAGGAGAAAGGCAUGGAGAUUGUGUUCGUCAGCUCUGACCGGGAUGUUGGCGCUUUCGACGAGUACUUCGCGGAGCAGCCUUGGCUGUCUCUACCCUACAGCGAGCGGGAGACCAAGGACAAACUGAGCAAGAAGUUUAAGGUAUGGUGCUCUACGUAUGAUUUCUUAAUACUUCCGCAUGAGGAACAAGAGAGGCUACUUCUUCUACCACUCAACAAAUGAAGCUUUUCGAAGAUGAUGUGUCUAAGUAUCUUUGUUUCGACGCUUACGUGAUCUUGAUGUUGAUUGAAUUGAUUCGAGGAUGAGGGUAGAGCAGGUAGUAAAUUUUCGCCGGGCUUCUAACUAUUUUUCGUUGCACGCCUCCCGUAAAACGACAACAACAUGAUCGCAGGUCGAAGGCAUCCCGACUUUCGUGAUUCUCGGGUCCGCCGGGAACAUUAUUACGAAGAAAGGGCGCGAGUGUGUCUCCAGCGACCCAACCGGAACCGACUUUCCCUGGUACCCCAAAAGCCUGAAAGAGCUGCUCGGCACCGAGUUCCAGACAAAAGCAGCGGACGGGAACAAGCUGGAGACAAUUAACAUCUCGGAGUUUGACGGCAAAAAGCUCGGCUUGUACUUUUCCGCGCACUGGUGCCCGCCUUGCAGGAGCUUCACGCCGAUGCUGAUACGCAUUGGAAAAAUGUCUGGGUCUGGAAGAAUGCACGUAGUUUGUUUUGCUUGUAUGACCACAUGAGACAUGCAGUUUUUUUUUUUUUUUAACGCUGCGAUCAUGUGCUGUGAGCAGUGAAACUAAAGACCCUUGCCUGUCAUGCAGAAAGGCCUGGAAGCGAAAAGGAAAACACCCAGGACGAGCUCGAAAACUUCGAACGCGUGACUGCGUGGUAUUCUUAUUGCAGUGCGCCCACCACGAGAACCAUUCGCGAACUAGUAUCUUCUUCACAAAUUUCCAGACCCAGAGAGAUUUGCCGUGCAUAGCUGAAGGACGUAUACGAAAAACUGAAGCAGAAGGAUGAGAAGUUCGAAAUCGUUUUUAUAUCCUCCGACCGCGAGGAGGAGGGGUUCACAGAGUAUUUUGGCGAAAUGCCCUGGAAGGCGAUCCCGUACGCUGACAGGAAGAGGAAACAGGAGCUAUCCAGUCACUUCGAGGUUUCCGGGAUCCCCUCGCUUAUCAUCUUGGAUGAGGAGCGAAAAACCAUUUGCCCGAACGCGGUCGCGAAAGUCAGGAACGACAAGGAAGGGGCGAAAUACCCGUGGCUACCGGAACUCAUUAACGAAAUCGACGAGGAUCCGGAGGGCAUUGACGAGGCCCCGAGUAUUGUGGUCCUGCAAGAGAAACUGUCCGCGGAAGAGAAGGAAAAGAACAAAAAUGCACUGAUGCCGCUCGCGAAGAAGGUAAAUUGUCUGGCUUUUCUUACAGGUACGUGUCAAAUAAAUCUGUGUCGUGUUUCAUGCAGAAGCGAAGUGAACUAAAGAGACAAUCUUCCUCUUUUGCUUUCUUGUGAGUCAUCAAGCCUAACAGAGCAAUACCAGGAUAGGCGCAAGCACAAGUUGUAAAAAAUGAUAUUUAUGCAACUGCACCAAACACAGUAUCGCGAAGCGGCCACCGACGGGGACCAGGAGUUCAACUUCUUCCUAGCGAGCACGGACGGGGGCGAGCUUGCAGAGCGGGUCCGCAACGAGUGCGGUGAAAACGAGGAGUUUGGGAAGGCGCAGGUGGUCUUAAUGGACAUCCAAGAUCGCGGGGGGUACUACGUCUUCGAUAAGGAAUUGACGACCGACAACGUCGCCAGCUUCCUCGCGGACUACUCGGGAAAGAAACUGAAACGCAUGCAGAUGGGCGGCUAAACAUCGAAUGAAAAAUGAUUAUUAGGAGAAAUUAUCGCUCCAAAAAUGCAAUUAUGCUCCACACCGAAAGAGAACUACACGCGAAUGGUUUUGUUUUGAAGGAGCGCCUUUCUGUUGAAAUGUGCUGACCGCGGCGACGUUGCGAGCAUAUCAUCUCGAAAUGGUUUUAUUGCAAACUGAUGAACAAGAAGGCUCACAUACUUGCUCUUUCACGCGAAUCCGCAGCUGCGAACAAUUUUUGGAAAAGCUUUUCAUCAAGAUCUUCGUCUCACCCGGAAUGUCAUCUUUUUGCCCUCUUAUGACGAGUAGCAACAUCAGAAAACAAAAAGCAACUGCAUCAGCAAUCUUCUAGAGUGUAUUAAAGAGCUGUUGCAGCGCGAGGCGAUAUUGUGGAACGGUAAUAAUAGGACGCAAAAUACUUUAAGGGUAGUAAUAGUAGUAUCAGUUUCACCAUCAACUCGUACUCGAAGUCGAGACACAGUCCUCUGCUUUUUACGCAGGGAGAAAAAAACACACGGUAGAACAUUCUAGUCACUACUUCUACGUGGCCAUAAGGAGGGUCAUGCAGAUCGGUGUGGUCUCACGCACAGAUAUAUGUCUGUCAAAUGAUGAAAAUGUAGACCCCUACAGUUCAGCUUCAAGUACGGCACUGCUCUGCCCUUAAUAUGCCUUCGAUGUUCGUGUUGAUCCGCAG